UGUGCCCAUUGGUUCCAGCCUCCGCCCCCUGAGUGACGCUACCCCGGGGUUCCCGUGCUCCUCCCUUUCUGCUGCUCCUCCUCCGCCUCUGCCUCCACCUGCUCCUUCUCUUCCUCCUCCAGCACCUCCUCCUGCUCCUGCAAGCUCCAGACGUCCUGCAGCGUUGUGGAACUUUUCAAAGACUUCAUCACAAGAUGAUUCAGGUGCUUCUUCCGACUCACCGCUAGACUCAACCAACUGUACACCAUCCUCCAGCAUACCGAAAAAGAGUACAGGUAUCAAUCAAACUUCAUUAGGAUUAAAACAUCCUUCCACUUCCGAGCUUCGCUGCCCAGACAUGAUAAAUCACUUUUUGGAAACUCUUCAGUCAGAUGAUUCAAAGGAUGAAAACAAAGCUAACAUUGGCUCAGACGAAGGCAAAUUGAUCAUGCUGGUUAGUGACUUUUAUUAUGGAAGUCAUGAAGGAGCUGUUGCAGAACACCCGAAGACUCACAGAACUUUUAAAUGCUUCAGGUGCUCAAAAGUUUUUAAGAAUAAUAUUAGAUUCAUGAACCACAUGAAACACCACUUGAAACCUGAGAAACAGAAAAAAGAGACCUGGAAAAGCCGUUCUACAUCUCUUUGCAAAAUCUGUGAAUUGUCACUUGAAACAGAGCAUAUCUUUUUACAACAUAUGAAGGACACUCAUAAACCUGGUGAAAUGCCCUAUGUUUGCCAGGUUUGCCAGUUUAGAUCAUCAAUAUUUUCUGAUGUGGAAAUUCACUUUAAAUCAUCCCAUGAAAACACUGAGAACUUGCUAUGUCCAUUUUGCCUCAAAGUUGGUAGAAUGGCAACCCCUUAUGUGAAUCAUUGCAUGAGACAUCAGCUUUUUAGAAUACAAUUCACAUACCAAUUUUCCAGAUGGAUGGAUGGAUGGAUGGAUGGAUGGAUGGAUGGAUGGAUCCUGGAAAAAAAAGUAAAGAGAGAGAGGAAAGGAAAGAAAUGGAAUGAAAAAAACAACCAGCUCUCAUAAUGACCAACCAAGUAAACAGUUUUAUAUUUCUAAGAAGCAUUCCCAAGCCCUCAGGGGCAUCACUCUAGUGUGCCUUAAAUGUGACUUCCUAGCUGGUACUUCUGGCUUAGACCGUAUGGCUAAACACUUAAGUCAACGUAAAACUCAUACUUGCCAAGUUGUAAUAGAGAACGUUACUGAAAGAACCAACCUUAACUCCUGAAUCCACUUCUGUCGGCUUGUUGAAAUAGAUUCCUGCUCUGUGGAGCUCGUGCAACCUGGUGCAAGACAAGUUGGAAUUUCCUAAGCUGAAAGUUCUGCAGUGUUUGCGUUCACAAAUCCAGUUCCCUAAGUUCAAAGUUCUGCAGUGUUUUCAUGAAAGCUGUUAAAAUCCAUGACACUCACUGUCAUUAUUCAGCUCUUUUCAGCUUUCAGGUGGCAGUAGAUCAUUAUUGUGUCAGGUUAACAUAUCUGAAUGUGCUGUUCUUUUCCAGUUGGCUCUGGAAAAAGAACUUUGGUUCUGUUGUCUUUCUUACUUUGCUUCAGAUAAUUUGUUUUCUCUGCUGUAGUUGCCUCCAGACAUACAAAUGCUGUAGCUGUUCCUUUUCCUCUUUGUCUGUUUUGUCUGCAUCUUGAUUUCUUACAAGUCUUGCUGCUCAGAUAGCAUUCAUUCUUUGUCAUUGUUCUAUUUUUCAUACUUUUCAGAUACAGAGGCAACACAGAAAUUUCAAAAAUGUCCAGUGGACUCCUGGACAGUGUCCUACUUCGAUGGACACAACUGAUGCCUGUUCUCUCAUUCCAAGGAAUGUGAAUUGUUUGACUGUGAGACCUGUUUCAAUUUGUGGCCUUGGGAAUUUAUCAGUUCUUAGGCACUGUCCCUGACAGUCCUUCCAUAAGGCUGAUUUUGAUUUGGCCACAGAUGACUUCAGGGUGCACCAAACUAAACACAGCUUCCCACUGGGGGCUUUGGUUCUUACAUUUAAGCUUUUGAGUUGGCUCUAAUAAUGAAAGCCCAUCAAAUGAGUGCUUUGACAUACACCACGUUUAAUCACUUUGGCUACAGUCCUUCAAUAUUCCUCACGCAGUCUACAGUGCAAGAAAAGCCUGAUUGUAUGGGGAGUGAGGUUACUGCCAUAUUCUUGGAAAAACAAACAUUGUGAAAUUUUGGCUCCAAAUUAACACUUAUUUCUCUUAUCACAUAUAGUUUUCACCAGUAUACCAUGAGUUCUCAGCAAUUCUAGUAUUUAAAUUUCUACUUGUUUUUUUUUUAAAUUAUUUAUUUCGUUUUAUUUUAUGUGUAUUAGUUGGCCUGCAUGUAUAUCUGGGUAAGGUUGUCAGAUCCUCUGGAACUGGAGUUACAUAUGGUUGUGAGCUGUCAUGUGGUUGCUGGGAAUUGAGCUCAGGUCCCCUGGAAGAGCCACCAGUACCCUUAACCUCCAAUCUAUCUCUCCAGCCCCCUCCUAAUUGUCUUUUAAAAAUCAAAUUUUGAUAGCAUGAUUUUUGUCAUUCACUAAAUUAAGUGAUGUCCACUUUGAAUGUCUACUUUUAUAAUUUCUACUUAAAUCUUUUGUUUUGUGUUUGUUAAAA